GAGACGUAUUUGAUCGUCAUGCGCAAUAUAUUCGGUCGGAAGUAUAAGGUUCAUCGGAAAUAUGAUUUGAAGGUAAAUUCGAUCAUUCUUCACUGCGAUAUCGUAUCGUUCGUUGAAAGAAAUAAUUGUGCGCGUGAUAAUAUUUUUACGAUUGUUGUGGGAAGUGGAAUUCACGAUAUGGAUCGAGCCGAAGCCGAAGCAGCCGCAAGUCAGCCGCCGGCUGGUGGUGAUCAGUCGGAUGCGGAAGCGUCCGGAGAUGAGCUUGUGCCGACACCUCCAGAUUCGCCAUUACCUUCAACCGGAGCAUUUGCACCGAUUCCACCCGGAGGACCUGAUCUCGACGAUGAAUUCUUUGCGAUAUCGAGCAAUCCAUGUUCGUUUGUUUACAUUUGA